CUAAGUCAGAGGCGGCACCUGAGCGUCUCUCCUCUCUCUCCGCGGGGAAGUUGACGCAGCUCCACGCGCGCCAGUCCGUCCGCGCGUCCGCGUCGCUCCCGGCGCAGCUCGCGCCUCAAUCCCACAUUCCAGGAGAGAGGCACGCGGCGUGCGUCCGAGGGCGUGGAUAUAUCUUGAGUGGUUUGAUGGAUCACUCUGAACGACCCGGCGCCCGUUACGCGGGAGCGGUGCGAUUUUUCGGACAUUAACGCUUAUGGAUCUCACAAAGUGAUGUUGAACCUGACACCUCAGCUGCGCGAAUAGAAAGUUUCUGUCAGGUUGACAGGGGGAGAACAUGGACGUCGAAGGUCUCAUUCAGCACAUUGAACGAGACAUGGAGGCCACUUCCUUUCCUUUAUCAGACACCACCGGCUGGCUGGACGACGGGAACGAGACGACUGGGAACCAGUUCCAGCAGCCCCAUUGGCAGGUGGCUCUGUGGGCCAUCGCCUACUCCCUCAUCAUCCUGGUGUCCGUCACCGGUAACGUAACCGUGAUCUGGAUCAUCCUCGCUCACAGGCGCAUGCGCACCGUCACAAACUACUUCAUCGUCAACCUGGCCUUCUCCGACGUCUCCAUGGCAACCUUCAACACGCUGUUCAACUUCGUCUACGCGCUUCACAACGACUGGUACUUUGGCCUGGCGUACUGUCGCUUUCAGAACUUCUUCCCCAUCACUGCCAUGUUCUCGUCCAUAUACUCGAUGGCCGCCAUCGCAGUGGACAGGUACAUGGCCAUCAUCCACCCCCUCAAGCCCCGGCUCUCCUCCACCUCCACCAAGGUUGUGAUCGCGUUGAUCUGGAUCGUGGCGAUCGCUCUGGCGUUCCCGCAGUGCUACUACAGCGUGACCCAGUUCUACUUCCCCAGAACCGUGUGCUUGGUGGACUGGCCCGAUGAUUAUGGGGGGAAACAUCAACUAAGUUACCAGUAUGCGCUGAUACUGCUGAUCUACCUGCUCCCUCUGCUGGUGAUGCUCGGGACCUACAGCCUGGUGGGCCAGACGCUGUGGGGCGCUCACAUCCCCGGGGAGGCGUCGGACCAUUACCACAGCCAGAUCACCGCCAAGAGGAAGGUGGUGAAGAUGAUGGUUGUUGUGGUGGUGACCUUUGCCCUUUGCUGGCUGCCCUACCACGUCUACUUCAUACUGGGAUCAUUUAACAGAGACAUUUAUAAACAACGCUACAUUCAACAGGUGUAUCUGGCCAUAUUCUGGUUGGCGAUGAGCUCGACCAUGUACAAUCCAAUCAUUUACUGUUGUCUCAACCAAAGGUUCCGCGCCGGUUUCCGCCACGCCUUCGCUUGGUGCCCCUUCAUCAAGGUGACGGAGGAGGACAAGAUGGAGCUGCAGCACACGCACACCUUCAGGGUGACCAUGACCCGCAGCCAGCGCAACAACAGCGCGCACGUGCACGUGCACGCGCACGCCUCGGCCAGGUCGAACUCCAACCCCGGCAGGGAGCCGAGCGCCAGGAGGGACGUGGGCCCGAGCCUCAAGGAGCUCGUUCACGACUCGCACGCGGCGAGGAGGCCGGAGGACGCGAGAUCAGCAGCAGCCGAGCUCAUGGACGACGGCCCCCCGCGGUGAAGCCGACAGCGUGAACGAGAGGGCAGACAGGUGGAAGCAGGGGUGGCAGCUGAGAGGCAGCUUCUGGUGACUCAACCAACACAAAGCUGGUGACCCCUGACCCCCCAGCGGGGGAGCACCUGUCCCUUUGGGUCCUUUGACUCGUGCAGAUGGAUGAUUUUGAUUUGCAGAUGGUGGAAAAGUCCAAAGAGGAGUUUAUGAUCUUCACCACUUUUCUUUUUCAGUUCUUCUAAAGCUGCAAACGGUGACACUCCAGUGUAGCCGGGGUUGAGGCUCCUUUGGUUGUUAGUGGUUCUCUAGUUAGUGCACAGAAUGGAUGGAUCCACAAAAACCAAACUCAAUACUGUCCAAGACGCAGGACAUCAAACAUAAAGAAAAGUUGUUCAAAAAUAUUUAUUAAAAUGCUACUGACCCCAUUGAAAAAUUCAUAUUUAAUCUUACUACUAAUUAAAUUAGCUUCAAAGCGCAGGUUAGCUACAUCAGUAGCUAAAAAAAGGCUUGUGCUCAUUCAUUACAUUCAUCCAUAGCUGCUUUCGUGCAGGUGUCCAGUUUAUCUCAGGGCUGAUAUACAGAGAAACUGGCCUGACUCCAUUUCUACUGUUGCAAAGGAAAAGACAUACGUGUGUUUGUGGCUAAGUGAUGAUGACUAAUGACUCUGGGACCAGAGUGCUGCAGCCUGUUGCCAGGUUCAGAGGCGUCGAGGGUCAUAAACACAGUAUCAUGGAUCCAUUCCAACACUGUUUGUCAUAUUAUCACAUAUCUGUUGCCGUGCACUGCACUUCACUGGGUCGUACAACAGUUUUCUCCUGUAAAGUCCUGGUUAAACAGUAAAAGUGAUGUGAAAUGUAAGUUUGCUAUUUAAAGUUAUUACUGUAAAAUAUGGUGACGACCUUUUGUGUGUGUUGUUGUUUGAAGUAUUUACGCCAUGAUGUUACGUCAUGUGGGAAAAAAACAUCUGUGAUUUGUGUUUGUCAGACAAAUAAAAGACAGACGGACA